AUUGAAAAACAUCAGCUAUGCGAAACUUUGCUCGCGAGAGCGACCGAAAUUUAAUCCUCUUCAAUUUUUAACCGUUUAUUUUUUCCCCCAGAAUGGAGCCUACAACUGAAGCUGCUGCUGUAGGAGUACAAGUUAGAGAUGACCUAUCUGAAAAGUGUCAAAAAUUAUUUAUCGAGUUUUUGGAGGAAUUUCAGAGCAAAAAUGGGGAGGUACUCUACCUGCCUGAUGCCGAGGAACUGAUUCGACCCGAGAGAAACACCCUUGUAGUGAACUUCACCAACAUUGAGCACUACAAUCAGCAACUUGCCACCACUAUACAGGAAGAAUAUUACCGAGUCUACCCGUUCCUCUGCCGGGCUGUGCGUCAGUUCGCCCGCGACCAUGGAAACAUCCCGCCGAACAAGGAGUUCUACGUGGCCUUCUCAGAUUUCCCGUCAAGACAAAAGAUACGGGAGCUGUCCACGGCUCGCAUCGGCACCCUGCUACGCAUCAGCGGUCAGGUGGUGCGGACCCAUCCCGUGCACCCGGAGCUGGUGAGCGGCAGCUUCCUGUGCCUGGACUGCCAGUCGCUCAUCAGAGACGUGGAGCAGCAGUUCAAAUACACGCAGCCCGCCAUCUGCAAGAACCCCGUGUGCGCCAACCGCCGCCGCUUCAUGCUGGACACCAACAAGUCGCGCUUCGUCGACUUCCAGAAGGUGCGUAUCCAGGAGACGCAGGCGGAGCUCCCACGGGGCUCCAUCCCGCGCAGCCUGGAGGUGGUGCUGCGGGCGGAGGCCGUGGAGGCGGCCCAGGCCGGGGAUCGCUGCGACUUCACCGGGACGCUCAUCGUCGUGCCCGACGUCUCCGCGCUCGCCGUGGCAGGCACCCGGGCGGAGACCAGCAGCCGCGUGACGGGGAGGGACGGGUUCGAGAACGACGGCGUCCAGGGUCUGAAGGCCCUCGGGGUGAGGGACCUGUCCUACCGGCUGGCCUUCCUGGCGUGCCACGUGGCCCCCACCAACCCGCGGUUCGGUGGGACAGAGCUGAGGCAGGAGGACCAGACGGCGGAGAGUGUGAAGAACCAGAUGACGGUGCAGGAGUGGGAGAAGGUGUUUGAGAUGAGCCAGGACAAGAACCUCUACCACAACCUCUGCACCAGCCUCUUCCCCACCAUCCACGGAAAUGACGAGAUAAAGAGAGGCAUUCUCCUCAUGCUGUUUGGAGGCGUCGCCAAGACGACCAUGGAGGGCACUUCCUUGAGGGGGGACAUCAAUGUGUGCAUCGUGGGCGAUCCCAGCACCUCCAAGAGCCAGUUCCUCAAGCACGUGGAGGACUUCGCGCCGCGGGCCGUCUACACCAGCGGGAAGGCUAGCAGCGCCGCCGGGCUAACGGCCGCCGUGGUGCGGGACGAGGAGUCGCACGAGUUCGUCAUCGAGGCCGGGGCGCUCAUGCUGGCCGACAACGGCGUGUGCUGCAUUGACGAGUUUGACAAGAUGGACCUGAAGGAUCAGGUGGCGAUCCACGAGGCCAUGGAGCAGCAGACCAUCUCCAUCACCAAGGCCGGCGUCAAGGCCACGCUGAACGCCCGCACCUCCAUCUUGGCGGCCGCCAACCCCAUCGACGGGAGGUACAACCGCUCCAAGUCCCUGAAGCAGAACGUGAACAUGUCCGCCCCCAUCAUGUCCCGAUUCGACCUCUUCUUCAUUCUGGUGGACGAGUGUAACGAGGUUACGGAUUAUGCCAUUGCCCGACGCAUUGUGGACCUGCACUCGAGAAACGUGGAGUCUGUAGAACGAGUCUACGAAACGGACGAGAUACAGCGAUACAUACUGUUCGCCCGGCAGUUCCAGCCGAAGAUCACGCGGGAGGCGCAGGAGUUCGUGGUGGACCAGUACAAGCGCCUGCGGCAGCGGGACAGCAGCGGGGCGCUCAAGUCGGCCUGGCGAAUCACGGUCCGGCAGCUGGAGAGCAUGCUCAGACUGUCCGAGGCCAUGGCGCGCAUGUACUGCUCCGACGAGGUUCACCCCAAACAUGUCAAGGAGGCCUUCAGACUGCUGAACAAGUCCAUAAUCCGUGUGGACUCCCCGGACAUCAACUUCGACCAGCAAGAUGACCUGGAGGACAUGAACGAUCAGGAUGGCGUCCUGGGGGAGGAGCAGGCUGGGGCGGACGGCGCUAAUGGGCGCGCGGAUACGCCCGCGACCGCGGAGCAGCAGGGGGACGGACCGGGGAAACCCGCCACUGGCGCCGCUACAGCCGCCACCGCCACCGCCAAGCCCGCCUUCAGGAUGACCUUCGCCGAGUACAAGAAGGUCUCCAACCUGCUGGUGCUGCACGUGCAGAAAAUGGAGGACCUUGAUGAAGAAUCCUCCCUAAAGAGAAGUGAACUGAUUAACUGGUACCUGAAAGAGAUGGAGAGCGAGAUCGAGUCGGAGGCCGAGCUGAUCGCCAAGAAGGGCCUGAUCGAAAAAGUGCUUCAGCGGCUGAUCCACUACGACCACAUCCUCAUCGAGCUCACCCAGACGGGCCUGAAGAAGGGGGCCGAAUUCGGGGAGGACCCCGUCACAGAGGAGGACCCCUUUAUAGUGGUGAAUCCGAACUACGUGCUCGAAGACUGAGUCGCCUCUUCUGCAUUGUGUUUGGUGCCAGGUUUAAAAUGGAUCGCAGGUGAUGGAUGUGUUUUAUCAAUGUGUCACCAGGGGAUUACCCACCUCAUCUGCACAAAACAUGUUGUCAUGGAGAUGAAUCCUUACGAAUGGACUUUAAGCACUUUGUUUCGGGUGUGGGGGGGAAAAUAUUUAUUAAAUCAUAUUUUUGCAUAAUAA